AUUAUUCUCACUUAGCUCAAGCCACCAAAGGAUGGGUUCCUGGGGAGGGUAAAGAAACACUAUUGAAAAUAGAAAGUAAUUUAAAAGUUUUCCCUGGGGUGUAUACACCUUUCUCAGGCAUACUGAACUCUCUCAGUGCCGUAUGUGGUUGAAACACAGAGAUAACAGGCCAAACUUUUUCAUAAUACAAACUGUGGAAAGUAAAGUUACAGCAAUCCUUUCUACUGGAUCUUCGGAAAAUGAUGAGAAAUGGUGCGGACAGAGAAAUCAGUCAAAGAAGUCUUGGAAAUUCUAAAUAAGAUGCUGCAUCAGCAGUUGCUCAAAAAGAAACAGUUUUCUAGGAGCCAGGGAUUAUCCUCACUAAAAGACAAUUGAAAACUGAUAGCUAAAGUGACUUUUGUUUGACAAGGACAUUGUCACUGUUGACAGGAAUGACUGGCAGGGUGGAAAAAGCAGGGUAGGCCAUGAAGCUUCUCAGAAAGACUUCAGAGGAAAUUGGACACCUUUGAAACCACAGGUGUGAAGAGUCGCAGCAUGGCUACAAGUCAAGGCCAUCUGGAGCCUAAGCGCAUGAAGCCUGAAGCUGUCUCCUUGUGCAAUGUUGGGGAACAGAACAAUACAGCAGAGGAGCAGACAGGGGAACAAGAGGAAGCCAAAGUGGGAGAAGAGAUUCCCAAAAGGGAAGCAGAAGAGGUGUUCCUCAAAUUUGUGAUCCUACACGCAGAAGAUGAUAUAUGUGAGACCCUGAGAGUCCAGGAACUGCUACAAAAUGACUUUGGUAUCAAGCUUAGGAUAAUCUUUGCUGAAAUGCUGCGUGGCAGGCAGCAUUUACAGAAUUUGGAUGAUUCCAUAAAUGGGUCUGCAUGGACAAUCUUAUUACUUACUGAAAACUUUUUGAGAAAUACUUGGUGUAAUUUCCAAUUCUAUACAUCUCUAAUGAAUUCUGUGGACAGGCAACACAAAUACAAUUCCAUUAUACCCAUGCAGCCCCUGAACAACCCUCUUCCUCGAGAAAGGACUCCCUUUGUGCUACAAACCAUCAAUGCCUUAGAAGAAGAAAGUCAUGGAUUUUCUACACAGGCAGAAAGAAUUUCUCAGGAGUCUGUGUAUAAGACACAACAAACUAGAUGGAAGGAACAAGAAAGAUGGCCCCAUGACAAUUUAUUGCCUGAGAUGAAGUGUGCAACACACAGCUGCCUUCUGUUUUGCAAACCAUGUAAAUCAUUAAUCAGGUAG